GGAAAACGAACGCACCGCCGCGUGAUUUUGAACGCGGACGCUGCUUGUAACUGUCAACGGUCGGAUUCCGAAGUCUCGCGAACGCGGGCCCUCCCGUGAGUAAGGCUUCUCGUUCGAAUCGUUCAAUUUUCGUCGCGUUAAUCACGAUAUCGUCGUCGGUCGACCCGGUGAAGAACCGGCUGCUUCACGGUGCUGGCUACGGCGCGAAAACGCGACUAAAUGACCAUGGACCACGGCACAUGCAACAUCGAGACCGGCUACAGCAUAAAUAUCAAGAGGACGGACGGUCGCGUCCACUCUGCGGUGGUUUCCGGCGUUAACUGGGAACAACGCACAGUCACCGUAGAAUGGUUCGAGAGAGGAGAGACCAAAGGAAAAGAGGUGGAGAUCGACGCGAUUCUUGCCCUGAACCCGGACCUGACGAAUCAGAAAACGAUGGGACCACCAGCUCCGAUGAACAACCACGUUCUAAUUUCCUCUAGAGCAAGGCAUUCGACAAAGCCAUCGAUCCCGGUAAAAGCGGGUUCCAACCGGCAAUUGUCGCGGCAAACGGGCCGCCCCACCAACAUAAUACCGCCGGCUACCACCGUCAACGGACACGGUGAUUCCGUGACAGGACUAACCAGCCGUCGAGAACUCGAGAACAUACCUCCGACGCCCACCGCGCAGACGGGCCCCUACAACGUGACCGUAACAACCUCGAUUAAGCAGAAACAACAGCAGCAGCUGCAGUCGCAGCAGCAGCAGCAACAACAACAGCAGCAGCAACAACAGCAGCAAACGCAGCAGCAACAGGCCCAAGUCGAGAAUGGCCGAAGUAGACGAUCGAACGUCGUCAAGGAAGUGGAAAGGUUGAAGAAGAACAGAGAGGAGAGGAGACAGAGGCAAGCGGAACUGAAGGAGGAGAAAGAGGCUCUCAUGAAUUUGGAUCCAGGAAAUCCAAAUUGGGAAUUUCUCGCUAUGAUAAGAGAAUACCAAAACAGCAUCGAGUUUAGACCCCUUCGAGAAACGGACGCCGUGGAAGACCACCAGAUCACCGUAUGCGUUAGAAAACGUCCGCUGAACAAGAAGGAGGUAGCGCGAAAGGAAGUCGACGUAAUCAGCGUGCCAAGCAAGGAUCAGAUGAUUGUUCACGAGCCAAAGGCGAAAGUCGAUUUAACCAAAUACUUGGAGAACCAAAUAUUUCGAUUCGAUUACGCGUUCGACGAGACCUGUAACAACGAAAUCGUCUACAAAUACACCGCGAAACCUUUGGUCCAGACCAUCUUCGAAGGCGGAAUGGCCACGUGUUUCGCGUACGGUCAGACCGGCAGCGGCAAAACGCACACGAUGGGCGGAGAUUUCAACGGGAAAACGCAAGACUGCAAGAAGGGUAUAUACGCGAUGGUCGCCAAAGACGUGUUCAAGUGUCUCAAGUUGGCCAAGUAUCGCCCGUUGAAUUUGAUCAUCUCUGCCAGCUUCUUCGAAAUAUACUCCGGUAAGGUGUUCGAUCUUCUGGCGGACAAGGAGAAGCUGAGAGUAUUGGAAGACGGUAAACAGCAGGUGCAAAUAGUCGGAUUAACGGAGAAGGUGGUCGAAACUUGCGACGAAGUACUGAAGCUGAUACAACACGGAAACAGUGCCAGAACGAGCGGGCAAACGAGCGCGAAUUCCAAUUCUUCGCGAUCGCACGCGGUAUUUCAGAUUAUAGCCCGAACCCCGGGAACGCACAAGGUCCACGGAAAAUUCUCUCUGAUCGAUCUCGCGGGCAACGAGAGGGGAGCGGACACGUCGUCCGCCAAUAGACAAACUCGGAUGGAAGGAGCCGAAAUCAACAAAUCGCUGUUAGCUUUAAAGGAAUGCAUUCGCGCGUUGAGUCGAAAGGGAACUCAUCUACCUUUCAGGGCGAGCAAGUUGACUCAAGUGCUGAGGGACAGUUUCAUCGGUGAAAAAUCGAAAACGUGCAUGAUCGCGAUGAUUAGUCCGGGAAUGAGUUCGUGCGAGCACUCGCUCAACACUCUGAGAUACGCGGAUCGAGUGAAGGAAUUAGCCGCGACCGAUCCAACGGAAGCGAAGGUUUCGCCGACGGACGACGACCGAGGAUUAAAGAUCGAAGAGCAAUCGAACAACAGCGUUUUGUCGGACAGCGAUUUGGCGCAACUUCGAUCGUUGAACGAGGGUGAGAUUUCGCAAGAUCUUUACACUUUCCACGAGGCAGUAUCCGCGUUGCAAAUGUUGGAAGAAGAAGUUCUGGACACGCACAAGAUGGUCAUGGAUAAUACGACCAGAUUCCUGAACGACGCGCACAGCGUGUUCAGCGCGACGCACGAAGUAGAUUACGACCAAGAAGAUUUGAGACGGAAAAGAGCAAAGUUUGAGUCGCCCUACCCGAGGAGGUUCUCGUUACGUAGACGUCUGAUAGAGAGAAAACAAUUUUCCGACGCGUAUGCCCAAAAGUGGGAACAACUACUCGUGCAACAACGCGACACCUUGAACGCCGCGAUCGAUCAGGUCAGUCAGUUUCGUGGUCAGCUGUUGCAAGAGGAGCAGAUCAGCCAGAAGAUGACGCGAACCCGUAAUUCGCGAUAUAAUUAAGUCAGAUAAUAUCCUUUUUACGAAAGCGAGAAACAGAAGCGCAGAACAUCAAGGUUGCGAGAGAGGGAGAGAAAGAGAGAUAAAGAGAUAGAGCGUACCAGUUUAAAAAGAUCAGAUAAGUGGGCGGAAAGGAGGAGGAGACGAGCGAGCGAGAAGGGAGAGCAGCGGAGCGACGACGAGCAAUACGACCAAAUUACCGACCGAUCGAUUACUCGAUCGCUACGCGUCCACCGUAAUAUUCGGGUAUCGUUGCUCGCCGCUAGGUUCCGUUUCGAGAACGUAAAUUUUCGAGUCUGCUCCUCCGUUUUUGCCCUUCUCACCGAUCCGCCCGAAAUCGCUCGAACACGAACAGGUUCCUACGCGGAGAGGUAAAGGUAACCGAGAGCGUAAGUCCACGAGAACGGGUGUCGCGCGAUCACCGUCCAUUCGUUCGCGAACCGAGUAUCGCCUUCUCUUUUUUCUGUUCGUUCUCCCUUUCGCCUGAUUUACCCCGUUAUCGUUAAUCCAGACUUCCCGUUCUUUUGCGAUGGCGUCGCGUUAAUCUUGCCGUGGAUGCGCGUCUCGAGACUCGAUCCGAGGCGCGUUACUCUCUCGCGCGGUGCCUCUCGUCUCGAAUCGCUGCGAAAUAUCGUAAACGGUUCGCGCUUCGAAACCGAGCCAAGGCGUUCGCCCGGCCGAACAGAUAAAAGCGCGAACCGUUUGCCUUACCCGCGUACGUUUUUCUUUUCAUCUUCUUACCGCGUAUCACGGCUCGCAGGCUUGGAAGACAAAUAUAGAUUCGUAGGUGAACGCGGGGUAAACGUAUGUACACGGUAAAUGGCGCAAACUGUCUCUUCAUGUGCGCGCGUACGUUCGCGUAUAAUAUGUAGAAAAAGAAGGGAAAGUAUGCGAUACAAAGGUAUUACCUUUCGAACGUUUUCGAAACGCAGACGUUAAGAAUAGGUUAAAAAACGCUUUUCCGUUCGCUAUACCAGUGACACGAGUUUUAAACGAACGCGUAAAUGUACGAAGCGCGAAGAUCGCUCCUUCCCUCCAAAAGUUACGAAUAAAAUCUAACGAUAAACACUCGUUACGCGCGUAUCUAUGUAAUUCGAAAAGCGAUCGAUUCGCUGGACACUUAUCGCGGUUAGACUCGCCGUUUAAUCGCAGCCUUCCGACACGCGUGUUUUUAUUUAUUUCCUUUUAUCGCGGAAUCGAUUAUUCGUGUCAUUGGAUCGAAGAAAAUUGACCGGCACUUUGCGAUCGACGUUCUCAACGUUCCUAAUCCGGGAGGACCCGGUUACGCUCGACGGAGAAAAUCGCCGCUGGAAUUUCGGAUAUCUUAGGUCGGACGAAAAGAAAACGAUAUUCACGGAUCCAUCGCCGAACGAGAUCUUCGUAGAGCGCCAUUAUUAUUUUAUACGUUCCCGGUGUGUCCUUCAUCAACCAAAUUGCAUCCGAUUUCGAUGGUAUAGUCAUAGUCGGCCGAAGAAGAAGAAACGUUACGACAUUCUUCUUCUUUCCCUUUUUUUUUUUUUAGAUUCUAUUAUUUCCAAUCGCUUUAGAUAUUUUUUUUACGCUCUUGUACUUUUAUUUUUUUUCCUCGUGGAUUUGUUAUCGAUAUAGCAACGAUUUUUCUUUUUCUGUCGUUUGAUUUCAUUUUUGUUUUCUUUUUUCAUUACUUUUACGAAGGUGCGAUAUCGAACGAACAGUGUUAUACGAAAAAAAAGAAAGGGAGAAACGCAUUUUACGAGUGAUUCGAAGAUUCGCGUUCCGCCGUCGAACAGAGAACGAAGUUUUUCGUAGGACGCGAGAAAAUCGUACCGCGGUAGCGAAGACGAGCGACGUCUCGGCAGAAGGAGGCCGAAAAAGGAUACGCUGGACGGCGAGAACGAGCGUGGAGAAAAUUAGAGAUAAAACGACGGAUCGUCGACUUAUUUCGUUGACAAAAUUCGAUUUUUAUAGAAAUGUAUUUAUAUAGAUAAAAGCCACAUGGUUGUAUCGCGUAUAAAGAGGAGAAAAAAAAAUUUGCACACCUAGCAUAAGCGUCGCAAAGCAUUCUGUUCACUCGUGAUACGUAUUUUAAUCGAUCGCGCUCAAACGGUCGGCGCGAACCAUUUCUGUAUCGUUAUUUUAUCCGACGAGGCAUCGAUAAUGUUUUAUUAGAAGUAAAAGAAAAAAAAUUAAAGUUUCGUAGAAGUCGUGCGUUUAA